CGCGGGCGUGGGCAUCGCGGGCGGGAGCUGCCAGAAGGUCGCCGCAGACAUAAAGACCUGAGGUGGCCUUUCUUGUCUAAAGAUGGAAAACAGUACCACCACCAUUUCUCGGGAGGAGCUUGAGGAGCUCCAAGAAGCAUUUAAUAAGAUAGAUAUCGACAACAGUGGAUAUGUUAGUGACUAUGAACUUCAGGAUUUGUUUAAGGAGGCAAGCCUUCCUCUUCCUGGGUACAAAGUGCGCGAGAUUGUGGAGAAAAUUUUCGUGUUUACGGACAGCAACAAAGAUGGCAAAAUCAGUUUUGAAGAAUUUGUCUCACUAAUGCAAGAGUUAAAAAGCAAAGAUAUCAGCAAAACAUUCCGGAAGAUAAUUAACAAAAGGGAAGGGAUUACUGCUAUUGGGGGAACUUCAUCUAUUUCCAGCGAGGGUACACAGCAUUCCUACUCAGAUGAAGAAAAAGUAGCUUUUGUCAACUGGAUAAACAAAGCUCUAGAGAAUGACCCAGACUGUAGCCAUCUUCUGCCCAUGAACCCCAGUGAUGACAGCCUGUUCAAAUCGCUUGCAGAUGGCAUCCUUCUUUGCAAAAUGGUCAACUUAUCGGAACCAGAUACGAUUGAUGAAAGGGCCAUCAAUAAGAAGAAACUCACCCCAUUCACGGUCUCUGAAAAUCUGAAUCUAGCCCUGAAUUCCGCCUCGGCCAUUGGGUGCACCGUGGUCAACAUUGGUGCACAGGAUCUGAAAGAAGGAAAGCCACACUUGGUCCUGGGGCUUCUCUGGCAGAUCAUCAAAGUUGGUCUUUUUGCUGAUAUUGAGCUUUCUAGGAAUGAAGCUUUGAUUGCCUUGCUGAAGGAAGGGGAGGACCUGGAGGAGUUGAUGAAGCUUUCUCCUGAGGAGUUGCUGCUACGCUGGGUGAACUACCAUCUGACCAAUGCAGGAUGGCGUACCAUCAGCAACUUCAGCCAGGACAUUAAGGAUUCAAAGGCCUAUUUUCAUCUGCUUAAUCAAAUUGCUCCUAAAGGUGAUCGAGAUGGUGGACCUGCCAUUGAUAUUGAUCUUUCAGGAUUUAAUGAGAAAAACGACCUGAAGCGUGCUGGAUUCAUGCUUCAGGAAGCCGAUAAGCUUGGCUGCAGACAGUUUGUUACCCCUGCAGAUGUGGUUUCAGGAAACCCCAAGCUAAAUCUAGCCUUUGUAGCAAAUCUCUUUAACACAUACCCAUGCCUACACAAGCCUGAUAACAAUGAUAUUGAUAUCAAUUUAUUGGAAGGGGAGAGCAAGGAAGAGAGGACAUUUCGGAACUGGAUGAAUUCACUGGGGGUCAACCCAUACAUCAACCAUUUGUACAGUGACCUUGCAGAUGCCCUGGUGAUCUUUCAGCUCUAUGAGAUGAUCCGUGUGCCAGUGAACUGGAGCCAAGUCAACAAGCCCCCUUACCCUGCCCUUGGAGGGAACAUGAAGAAGAUUGAGAACUGUAACUAUGCAGUAGAUCUUGGGAAGAAUGAAGCCAAAUUCUCUUUGGUUGGCAUUGCUGGGCAGGACUUAAAUGAAGGGAAUGCAACACUCACCCUGGCCUUAGUAUGGCAGUUGAUGAGAAGGUACACACUGAAUGUAUUAUCAGAUCUUGGAGAUGGUGAAAAAGUCAAUGAUGAUAUUAUUAUUAAAUGGGUCAAUCAGACUCUUAAAAGUGCAAGCAAAAGCACUUCUAUUUCCAGCUUCAAGGAUAAAUCUAUUAGUACAAGUUUGCCUGUCUUAGAUUUAAUAGAUGCCAUUGCACCAAAUGCAGUUCGUCAAGAAAUGAUCAAGAGAGAAAACUUGACUGAUGAGGACAAACUGAACAAUGCUAAAUAUGCCAUUUCAGUUGCUCGGAAGAUUGGUGCCCGGAUAUAUGCAUUACCUGAUGACCUCGUAGAAGUAAAACCAAAGAUGGUUAUGACAGUGUUUGCCUGCUUAAUGGGGAAAGGACUGAACAGAAUAAAAUAAUGAAACACUUACUGUGAUCUGCCACAUCAAACACAUCAAAUGUCUCAGUUUACAGAAUUUUGAAAUGUAGUGGGUAUAAAAUCAGAGUAUCUGUAUACUCAAAAUAGUUCUGUAUUCAGUAAUGAAUAAUAUCUUGUCCCUACUAGUUAGAAUUUGUCAAUUUUUUGGAUAACACAAUUUCUUUAACAAUCAAUACCAAUACAGGGAUAUCUUACCAAGCUGCUAUUUCAUAAUUAAAUUAUUUUAUUUCCUAAAGGUCUUACCAAAGUAAGGCUAAUCAUUCUUUUUCAUAGCUCAAAAAUGAUCUGUACAAAGUUUUGUCAGGUCCUGCUCUUGAAUGUGUUUGGAUUUUUUUUUUUGAAGUGUUAUUUAAUUUUGAUGGCAAAUAUACCUAAAGUCAUAAUCAAACCUAAUCCUUUUGUUUUUCCCCUAUGUUAAGUGAUACAAAACUGUAACCUUUCUGUAAAUUUCUAUCUCAUAGACAAAUUUAAAGGGAUAAGUAUAAUUCAUCAACAUUAAAUGUUUUUACCAUGAAAACUAAGUCUCAAAUAAACCCCAAGGUCCACUCAAGCUGUAGGAACUUUUUACUUAAAGUUUGAUUGUAACUGCUUUGCUGCUUUACAAGUCCUAGUUUGACAAUACAGCUUUAUUUCUGACAUGUAGUAUAAUACUAUGUGUUGGUAAGAUGUUAUAUAUAUGUAUCCCUAAAUCAUCUGAGUUACCCAGAUUUUCUUAAAUGAUCUGUAUUAAGUGGUCUGCCGGCCGUUUAGUAUUUAUUUUGCCCCUACAAUGUGUGUGACACUUUUCAGCUUGAGGAUAUCUGAUAUGUGAAGAUCUUUUACAAAUAUUAAUUAUGAAUGUGCAUAUAGUUAUUUUCCCCUGGUUCCUUUCAAGUAUUUGCAGCCAAACAUUGGAUAGAACAUCCCAGCUGACAUUAAUACUAUGCUGUCAGCCUCACAUUACGUUUGCUAGUUUGAUUACUAGUUGUAAUGAAGCCUACAUAAUUAGAAUAUGCCCACCAAAUAACUUUAGUAGAAAACAUUUAAAAGCUAACAUCCAUCAUAGUUUCAUGUCUUUCACAGCCCUGUAUAAACUGGAAAUGUUUAAGGUUUGUGUUCCUUAGGAAGAGUUAGAACUUGAAACCUUUUUUCCCACAGAAUUUUUAGCAGUAGAGAAAUUCUGUGACUCAUAGUUGAAGCCAGAAAUAUGCUCCCCUCAUCUUCCGCUUUAGUGCCAGUGAGCAAUCCUACCAGUGAGCAAUCCUACCAUGCAACAAGAGUGCUUCACUUAUCUCUGUGUGAACGAGUCCAUCCUCCUCUCCCACUAAUGAAAACAUACAUGUUAAGAGUGAGAGUGUCUGUGUGUGUAGGGUAGACUUUUUAAAAUGAAAUGCUAACAGGUGGAGUUCUGAAAUAUAUUCUUCUACAAGAGAUUUGCCUUUUAUAUUUUGAUGAUUGUUUUCUUAUAUGAAGAUGUAAGUAUGCUUUUGUUCUUUUUUCUGAGAUUAUUUGAAUUAUGCCUCUCUGAUUUUUUUCAUCAUCAUAUUUACUAAGAUAAUCUGAUUUACAUGAAACUUAGCACUUUAAGGUGUUCUUUUUCUCACAAAAUAUAUUUAAUAAAAUGCUGUGUAUGUAGAA